GGGUUUUAUGAGGGUAGAGUUUCCUAAUUUCCACGCGUCUCUCCUUUCCGCGUCCGUUUGGCACCGACGCGCUGGUGAUGAGACGGGUGAGAGCGCACGGCUGGUACAGACCCGUCUCCUUCUGCGCUUCUUUUCAUUGGUCAGAAUCCUCUCGCUCGUGACAUCACAUCCAGCCGACCCGCUGCAAAGCGAGCAGAUGAUGCUGGACACCUCCAAGGACGCACAGGCGUUUUGCGCUUUACGCACGACCGCUCGCGGAGAGCCUCCCCGCACGUAAAGGUAAAAAUAAAUAAAUAAAUAAAUAAAAUAAAUCAGACUUGGAUCCCGAUGCCUCGGGGUCGGCAGAGUGUGCGUGUUGAGAAGCGGCACUGCGGCCGAGCUCGGAUUUGUUCGACACUGGGACUGGAAAUGGACCGUGCGUAAGGCUGCGUGCGUUUCGGGAGCGGAGCUGUCACUCAACCCCCCCACCACCACCUGUUGCCAGGUGGGUCCUGGCCUUUUUUCACUCCUGAACAUCUACUAUGACAUUAGGUCUGGAAGGUCUUGUGGAUAUGGAGGAUAUCGUUAUCGACGUGGUGGGGGAAGGACUGAAGGACGGCGGAGAGGAGCAGCUCUCGCUUUCAGAGGAGUCUCGGAGCGAGCCGGAGCGCAGCGCGGAGACUUCCAGCAGCCAGACGGAAGACCCGGCGUGUCCUCCUCCUGCUAAAACCAAGUCCCCCGCGUCCGUCAAGCCUCCAUACUCGUACAUCGCGCUGAUAACCAUGGCCAUACUGCAGAGCCCGAAGAAACGCCUCACGCUCAGCGAGAUAUGCGACUUCAUCAGCCACCGCUUCGUCUACUACCGGGAGAAAUUCCCGGCCUGGCAGAACUCUAUCCGACACAACCUGUCGCUGAACGAUUGCUUCGUCAAGAUGCCCAGAGAGCCCGGGAACCCGGGCAAAGGGAACUACUGGACGCUGGACCCCAACUCCUCCGACAUGUUUGAGAACGGGAGCUUCCUGCGGCGGAGGAAGCGCUUCAAGCGGCAGCAUUUUCGCUUCGACCCGCUGAAGGAGCAGCACCUGGAGCCGAGCGGGCUGCACUGCUUUACGCACGGCGCGUACGGCCUCGGCGCGGCGGCGCUGCAGCUGCCCGGUCUGGAGAUCUACCCCUUCCUGCACCACCAUCACACUCCGUCUCCGUGCGGCCCCGCCGCCAUCCCACCUGUCAGCAGCAUCCUGCCGGCUCUGUCCACCUUCUUCUCUCGCAGCGCCCUCACGGCCAAGGCCUUCCUGCAGUCGCAGCCGGGACUGGACGCCUUCUCCCCGGCGCAGUGCGCCGCGUAUUCCCCUCCUCUGACCUCCGGCGCUCACUACGCGGCCCCCGGCCUCUUCCGCCCGGCAGCCUCCCCGCAGCUCCUCGGUUUGCACCAGGAGUACCAGAAACUACAGACUCAGCGGAGCGGCGCAGAUCUAGCCAAACACAUCAACGCUAAUAACGAAUAACCGCACCAAAACCAGACUUUGACCAUGUGUUUUCUCAGGUAACAGAGACUUAAAAAAAACAAAACAAAACAACAACAACAACAAAUAAUAAACAUCACAAUUGUUGCCGCGCGAAAUGGAUGAAACUCCUCCUGCUUUACGGCAAAUCUCUCAGCAGGCGCUCUCUUUUUGUAUUUUUGAUCAUGACUUAUCAUCGUUUGUUUUAAUAUUUAAAUGGCAAAUUUCCUCAACUUUUUUCUCUGGAAAAAUAAAAGCUGGAGAUUUAAA